UGCUUCCAAGGGUGAUGGGUAUGGUUGGUGGACCAUUGUCAACAAGAAGUCCCGAAAGAGGGGGGAUCCGAACUACAUCACGGCGUACCCCUACCUUAGCUCUGACCACAAUUGGAAGACGGAGUGGUUGCUCGUCCGUGUGCCGACGGAUCCGAAGCAUCCCAACUUUUAUCGUCCUCCGAAGUGGUUCGUGGCUCCUGAUCCUGAUAUGAGGGGUGUGGCAGCUCCAGAUCGGAACCAUCGCCACUAUGUGGACCUCCUCCAGUGGUUCUUGGCUCAAGAGGAUAACCAUCGACUGCCGUCUAGCUGGCUCCCGAAUCUCAAUUACAUUUUGAGGGAGGACAUUCUUGCUGUUGCCGGUCUCAGCAGGAUUUUUGACAGGGGUAGGUGUCUUUCGGCUGAGACCGUUUUUUCAGUGAGUUUGUCCUCUUUCCUGUUUCGUUUUGCUGACAUGUUUUGUGCUUUGUUUUUGCAGAGUACGGCUUUAGCUGCAUUGAUCCUAAGAAGUUGGGCAUUUCUUUGGAUUUGAAGACUAUUCACGACCCGGCUCCCGAGUACAAGUUCGGAAAAGAUAACCCUCGUAAUCCUCGUCUGAAGGAUUACGUGUUGUCUCCUUCGGGGGUUGCUCGGAUAUCCGAAGUUCGAGCUGAUCCGUGGGAUUCCGCCUCUUCUGUUGAAGCUGUUCCUGUGAAGGUUGUGCUUCCUGAGUUGAAGACAACUUCGGACCCGGAUCAACGCAAAAGGAAGGGUAGCACUCUUUUGAGGCCGUCCACGCAUCCGAAGAAAGCGAAGGCUUCUCAGCCCUCGGAGAAGGAAGCGGUUUCGGAAGUCAUGCCUCCUCCUAAGAAUCUUCUUCACUUCAUGCCCUUGCCAGGGCAGAAGUUAAAGAGUGUGGUGGUUGCUGAACCGCCGCCCGUGGAUCAGCCGCUGAUCGAGGAAGAUAUCAUCCCUUCUCCCCUUAAACCAUCUGCUGCUUUGGGGAUCGAAAUCCAGGAUAUCACCGAGGUGAUGGAGGCGAUUGAAGCCGAUUUUGUUCCUGGUUCGGAUGUCCCUGAGGUAGCUGGGGAGAAGAAGGAGUCUGCUGAUCUUCCCUUCGAGAGGGAGAAGAGUCCAGACAAGGAGAUGAUAGAUCUCUCGGGCCCCGAAGCUGCGGUCCCCGAGGUUCAGAAGGAGGUUCCCUCUGCUGGAGAGGAGGAGCAGCCCGAGCAAGGUUUGACGAGGAAGAGGCGCCACUCAACUUUGGGUUCUACUUCUACCUCGGCCCUGGAUAGGCUGAUCCAUGCUGAUCCCUGUUCGGAUGUUCCGCUAAAACGGAUCCCCGAAGAAGUAAGGGAGGCGAUGGCUCGAUAUGCCAGGGCUCCGAUUUUGGGAGAGGACCCCUUGGCUCACGUGGGAUCCUUGGUGGGCCCCGAGGCUGCUCGGGAGAAUCUGCUUCGUGCUAACCCGCAGUGGAGGGUUCCUGGUGCCGAAGAGAGGAAUCCGGCUAUGAUGGCCCAGUACUAUCUGAACGAGGCUGUUUUCUGGUCUUCGUUCGCUUCCGAGUGUAGCUCGGUUGAGGAGAAACAACUGAGGAAAUAUCGUGAGGCUUAUGCUCGUGAUAUUCCCAUUUUGGACCAGAAGGCUGGGCAACUCCUCUCCGAGCUUACGGAACUCAAGCAGCUGUACCUUCACUAUAGUCGCGAGGCUAGAGAGUCUGCUGAGAAGAUCGGGACCGAGGUUGGCCAGCUCAUCUUCCGAGUUGAAGAGGAUGCUGAGAAGAUCGCUUCCUUUGCUGAGGAAAAGAAGGAUAUGGCCGCUAAGUUCGCUAGCGAACUUGAGGAAAAAGAUAGACUCUUCCAGGAGAUGAAGUCUAAAUUUGAAGCGGCCGACAAGGAGCAUAAAGAGGCGGAGUUAAGGCUCCACCAUUUUGUCCAGCAUCGGGAGCUGAUCCAGCAGCAAGCUGAUAAGGUGCCUGUCCUUCGACUGAAGCUUCGGGAAAAGGAUGACUAUAUUCGGAAGCUGGAGCAGGAGCGAGUCAACCUCUACACUGCUGAUCAGUGUAGAGAGCAGUACUGGAACGGCAUCCUGGGUGCUCGGCGCAUGUUUGCGAAGCACAUGCCUCACUUCCCUUGGAACGAGAAAGUUCCUCUAUGGAUGCAGGCCGAGGACCACUUGGUGGAAUGCCAAGCUGAUCGAGAUGAAGCUGAAGCUGAACGCCAAGCUGCUCUUGCAGAGGCUCGGGCCCAGAAGGCAACUUCCGAAGGUGAUACCACUGCUGGGGGUUCUUCGAAGGAUGCUCCCCUAGGGGCCGCUCCUGAGACUCCCAAGAGUUAGGGAUUCGGGCAGUCGUCUUCUUCAGAGUCGGUCGGUUCCAGUUGAGGACUUCCGAAUAUGUGCUUGCUUUUCCCCCUUUUGCCUCGGCGCU